UAAUUAAUAAUUAUCAGUUCAAUCGAAGUGCUCAGAUAGUUAAGAUUAGUUUUUCUUAUCUUAAUAAGUUAAUGUUGAUCAACUUUGAUGAUAAAUUGUCAAUGAAAGUGUACAAAAUACACGAAAAAGUAUAAUCAUGUUUGACAAUUAUUUAAAUUUCAUCAAUUUAAUUGUGAUUUUAUUGAGUUUUUUUGUGGUGAAAAAACUUUUCGAUUUCAUCAGAUAUUUAAAGCCUUUUUUGAAACUUCCAAAGGAUCCAGAGUGUUCAUUCUUGUUCGGUGAUCUACCUAAAUUUAAAUCUGCUUUUUGGAAUACGAAAUUGACCUCAGUUUAUUUAACCAAGUAUUUAAUUGAAAAUGCUGCUUAUCAUCAAAUUAAAUCCGGUGUACAUGUAUUUUGGCUCGGGUGGUGGCCCUUUGUUUUCAUUAAUGAUCACAAGUCUGUUGAGGCACUGAUUAGUAAAAGUCACAUAACUAAGCCCUAUUUAUAUAGAUUUAUUGGACUAAAGGAAGGGUUGGUCACUUCGAAAGGUGAAAAGUGGAAAAUGCGACGAAAAAUGAUUGAGCCUUUUUUCGUUAGUAAACAACAGAAAAGAUUUGCAGUAACUAUGGACGAAGUGUUUGAUUCGUUGAUAAAUAAGGACGAUUUUUGUGAAGAGGGAAAAUAUUCAACUCUAGCGGAUCAAAUUCAUCUAUCAACAUUCAAUAUCGUUUUUAAAGUAACCGCAGAUUUACCGAUAGAUGUUGAAAUAGAGGAAAAACUUCAUGUUAUAGAAGCCAUCGAAUUCAUGGAAAUGAUAACAAUAGAGAGAAUGUGUAAUCCUCUUUAUUGGAGCGAUCAAAUUUUCUAUUUAACAAAAUUGGGUAAAAAGGUUAUAAGAAUGACCAGUAGAGCUUACAAAUUCGUAGAAAAUGCUAUUAUCAGAAAUUUAGAUGAAAACUCCAAUGAAAUCGAUCAGUCUGAUAAGUCGAGCGCGUUUUCAUCAUUCAAUUUGGUGAAUAUGUUAUCUAGUUCUAGCAGAGGUAAAAUCGAUUUAGAAGGAAUCAGCGAAGAGUUGACUACAACGGCUGCAGCGGGACAUGAGACCACGGCCACUGCUCUCAACUUGACACUAUUCAUCUUGGGAAAUCGUCUGGAGAUCCAAGAAAAGUUGUACCAAGAAAUUUCAUCGGUGUUUGAUGACAAUGAAUCUGUGAAUGAUAUUGAAAAGGUAAAUAAGUGCGAGUAUCUUGAUAAGUGUAUCAAAGAGUCAAUGAGACUUUACCCGCCAAUACCGAAGGUCGCAAGACAAUUGGAUGAGCCAAUGGAGAUUAAUGGUUAUUAUCUACCGAAAGGAUCUGCAAUCGGAUGUAACAUGUUCAGUAUCCAUCGAGAUCCUCGAAUUUAUCCCAACCCGACCGAAUAUGAUCCAGAGCGUUUUGACCCUUCAAAUUUACCAAACAUUCCCAAAGGAGCUUAUAUACCUUUCGGAGUGAUGCCAAGAAAUUGUAUCGGUUAUCGAUUUGCUUUAAUCGAAAUGAAAAUUUUUCUUAUUCAUUUGAUAAGAAGAUAUGAAAUUUUCUCAGCCAAGAAACUCGAAGACGUUUCUUUUAAGAUGGAAUUCACUUUAAAACCUUCAUGUCCAUUGAAAAUUAUGCUCCGCAAACGUAUCAUUGAUGUCAUCACUUUAAUAGCAAAUAUCGUCAUGUUUUCCAGCGAAAUAAAUUUCAUUCAUUUGAUUUUAAUUGUAUUGAAUUUUUUUGUGGUGAAAAAAGUUUUCCAAUUUUUCAAGUAUUUCAAUCAUUUUCUUAAACUUCCAAAGGAUCCAAACUGUUCAUUUCUCUUUGGUGAUUUACUUCAAUUCUUACCUGGUUUUUGGAACUCAAAAUUGACGCCAAUUGCUAUAACUAAUUUUAUGAUUUCGAAUGCUUCAAAUCACCAAAUCAAAUCGGGUUUACAUGCAUUUUGGAUUGGAUGGUGGCCUUUGGUUAUGAUUAAUGACCACAGAUCUAUUGAGGCUUUGAUUAGUAAAAGUAACAUAAGCAAGCCCAGUUUUUAUAAAUUUUCUGGACUUAAAGAGGGUUUGAUAACUUCGAAAGGUGAAAAGUGGAAAAUGAGACGAAAAAUGAUUGAACCUUUUUUCGUUAGUAAACAACAGAAAAGAUUCGCACUGACCAUUGACGAAGUAUUUGAUUCAUUGGUAAACGAAGAUGAUUUUUGUAACCAGGGAAAAUAUUUAACUCUUUCUAACAAAGUUAUGGCAGCAACAGGUGAUAUCAUCAUGAAAGUGACCACCGACCUGCCGUUAGGCUCAGAGAAAGAGGAAAAACUUCAUACGACCAAGACUAUCAAACUCAUGGAAUCGGCUUUGCUAACAAGAUUAUGUAAUCCCCUCACGUGGAGUGAUAAUAUUUUCCAUGUUACAGAAUUGGGUAAAAAGUGUACCAAUAUGACGAACAGGGUUUAUAAAUUUGUCGAUUUUUGUGUUGACCAGAAUUUGAAACAUCAAUCUACUGAUAUUGAUCAGCCUUAUUUUCUUAAAUCACCUUGUAAUUUCGUCAACAUGCUAAGUAGCUCUAACAAAGGUAUGAUCGAUUCCGAAGGGAUCAGUGCAGAAUUGCUCACCAUGAUUGCAGCGGGUUAUGAGACCACGGCCACUGCUCUUGACUGGACAUUGUUCAUCUUAGGAAAUCGUCUGGAGAUCCAAAAAAAGUUAUAUCAAGAAAUUUCAUCGAUAUUUGAUGAAAAAGAAUCUGUGAAUGACACCGAAAAGGUUAAUAAUUGUGAUUAUCUGGAUAAGUGUAUCAAAGAGUCAAUGAGACUUUACCCGCCAGUAUCAUUGAUAGCAAGAGAAUUAGAUGAACCAAUGGAGAUUAACAGUUACUAUUUGCCAAAAGGAACCACAGUCGGGGUCAACAUUUUAAGCAUUCACCGAGAUCCAAGAAUUUAUCCCGAUCCAACUGAAUAUGACCCAGAGCGUUUUGACCCAUCAAAUGCACAAAACAUUCCCAAAGGAGCUUAUAUACCUUUUGGAGUAAUGCCAAGAAAUUGUAUCGGUUUUCGUUUUGCGCUAAUCGAAAUGAAAAUUUUUCUCAUUCAUUUGAUAAGAAGAUAUGAAAUUUUCUCAGCCAAGAAACUUGAAGACGUUUCUUUGACAAUGAAGACCAUUCUAAAGCCUUCAUGCCCUUUGGAAAUUAUGCUUCGAAAACGAGUCUAUGAAUAGUGAAAUGAGAACCACGUUGAGUCCAUCAUGUCCAUUGAAGAUUAGCCUUCGAAAGCGGAUCGAUUCAUGGUAAAUGGGUUCACGGUAAUGAUUAAGGAAUAAUCAGGAUUCAAUUAGCAGAUUGUUUGGAUCAAUUUUUGAUGUUUCUGUUUAACGAGUUUGGUUAUCUGAUAUUAAGCUAAACUGUUAUUUAUCAACUAAAGGGUGUUGCAGUUAAACAUGGUAAAUUAUCUUACCUUAAAUUGUGAUAAGGAGAUGACGAUUUAAUUCAAUUGUUUACAUUUUUCUAGAUCUUAUAUAACUUUAUGCAACCAAACAGCAAGAUAAUUGUAAUCGUUUACCAAUGAUGUUCAAUUAAUGAAUAAAAAAAUGGAUUGGUUGGUCAA